UUAAAACCCUCUCUCUCUCUCUCUCUCUCCUUCCCCCAUCUCCGCCUCCAUGUCGGCAAAUUCCAUCUCUUCCCCUCUCCCCUCCUCCACGUCCGCCGGCGUCGGCCUUGGCUACGGCAUCGCCAUCGCCGUCGGCCUCCUCGUUCUCGUCUCCACCAUCAUGCUCGCCUCCUACGUCUGCGUCCGUCAGGGAAACAGCAGCAGCCCCAGCUCCACCGCCGCCGCUCCCUCCUCCGCCACAGUCAGCGCCGCCUCCGUCGCCGGAGGAUCCCCCUCCGACGCCGCCGCCUUCGUGGUGCUGGGCCUGGACGGGCCCACCAUCGAGGCCUACUACCCCAAGUUCGUCUAUAAAGCCGGAAUGGCGGCGCCGCCGGGGCCGUGCCCGAUAUGCCUGGCGGAGUACGAGGGCGGGGAGGCCCUGCGGCGGGUGCCGGAGUGCGGGCACUGCUUCCACGCCGCCUGCGUCGACGAGUGGCUCCGCGUGAGCGCCACGUGCCCGCUCUGCCGGAGCUCGCCGGUACCGUCCCCCGCGGCGACGCCGGUGGCCACGCCGCUCUCGGAGCUCAUCCCGCUGGCGGUGCACGCCAGGUGAUCGGACGUUUGGAUUGGCUCGGAGAUGGUUUAGUGCUUCAGUUAA